AUGGUUGUCUUCAGCAAGAUCACGGUCGUCCUGGCCGGUCUCUCCGUCGCGUCGGCUGUGCCGAUGGGCGGUGCUCGCAAGAGCAGCUUCACCGUCAACCAGCUGGCUCGGCCUGCCUCUACCACUAAGACGCUCAAUUUGCCCGGCAUGUACGCCAGCGCUCUGAGCAAGUACGGUGCUUCCGUUCCUGCCAGCGUCAAGGCUGCUGCCGAGAGUGGUUCGGCCGUCACUACUCCUGAGAACGGCGACGAGGAGUACCUGACUCCCGUCAACGUCGGGGGUACUACUAUGAACCUGGACUUUGACACUGGUUCGGCUGAUCUUUGGGUCUUCUCUUCUGAGCUGCCCGCUUCCGAGCAGGCUGGCCACGCCAUCUACAAGCCCAGCGGCAACGGCUCCAAGAUUGCCGGCGCCACCUGGCAGAUCGAGUACGGUGAUUCGAGCUCUGCUAGCGGUAAUGUCUACAAGGACACUGUUACUGUCGGCGGCAUCAAGGCCACCGGCCAGGCCGUCGAGGCUGCCGAGCAGAUCAGCCAGCAGUUCAUUGAUGACAAGAAGAGCGACGGUCUGCUGGGCCUGGCCUUCAGCUCGCUCAACACCGUCAAGCCCCAGCGUCAGACCACUUUCUUUGACACUGUCAAGUCGCAGCUCGACUCGCCUCUGUUCGCUGUCACCCUGAAGCACAACGCCCCCGGCGCCUUCGACUUCGGCUUCGUCGACAAGUCCAAGUACACCGGUUCGAUCGCCUACGCCCCCGUCGACAACUCCGAGGGCUUCUGGAUGUUCACCGCGGAUGGCUACAAGGCCGGCAGCGCCUCCGGCGGCUCCAUCAGGGGCAUUGCUGACACCGGUACCACCCUGUUGCUGCUCCCCGAUGACGUUGUCUCCGCCUACUACAAGCAGAUCUCCGGUGCCACCCAGGACGCGUCCGCCGGUGGCUACACCGUUCCAUGCUCCGCCAAGCUGCCCGACUUCGUCGUCACCAUUGGCAGCUACGACGCCGUCGUCUCCGGCGACCUGAUCAACUUCUCGCCCGUUGGCCAGGGUAGCUCCGCCUGCUUCGGCGGCAUUCAGAGCAACUCUGGUAUGAGCUACUCCAUCUUCGGCGACAUCUUCCUCAAGAGCCAGUAUGCUGUCUUCGACUCCAACGGCCCUCGCCUUGGUUUCGCUCCUCAGACUUAA